AUGGCACCUCAACAAAAUAUAAUGAAACAACUACAGCAAAUGCAGUCAUCACCAUAUCCUUCUUCUUCACCAUCGUCAACAACAGUUUCUCAAAAUAAUGAUAAUUUAAAUCAUAAUGUACAUAGUUUAAAUAAUAGUAGUAAUAAUAAUAAUAAUAAUAAUAAUAAUAAUAAUAAUAAUAAUAAUAAUAAUAAUAAUAAUAAUAAUAAUAAUAAUAAUAAUAAUAAUAAUAAUAAUAAUAAUAAUAACUCUAUUAAUGAAAAAAAUAAAAUAAAUGAUAAUAACAACAGAGGUAACAGUGAUGAUGGUAAUAACAAUAAUAGUAAUAAUAAUAGUAAUAAUAACAAUAGUAAUAACAAUAAUAGAGAUGAUGAAGAAGAAGAAGGUGAUGAUGAGGAUAAUAAUAAUAAUAAUAAUAGUAAUAAUAAUAAAAUACGCGGUUAUAAUGAUAAUAAUGAUAUAAAUGAUAUUUUUUCAAUAAAUUUUUCAUCAUGGUCAAAGAGUAAAGAUAAUUUAAUAGAGAAUGGUGUUUUAAUUUUCGAAGAGUCUGGAUUAUAUAAAGAAUUAAAUUUAUCAAAAUCUAGUAUCCUCAAUUUCCUAUCAAUAGUAGCAUCAUCUUAUAGAAAUAAUCCAUUCCAUUCAUUUAAUCAUGCUAUAGCUGUAACUCAAACUAUAUUUUUAAUACUUUUAAAAACAAAUCUUUUUAAUAUUUUAUCACCAAUUGAAAAAUUAUCAAUUAUAAUUGCAUCAAUAUGUCAUGAUUUAGAUCAUCCAGCAUUAAGUAAUAGAUUUCAAAUUAAUAUGAAAAGUUCAAUUGCAGUAUUGUAUAAUAAUAAAUCAGUUUUAGAGAAUCAUCAUCUUUCAAUUUGUUUAGGUAUAUUGGAGAGUAAGAUUGGGAAUGAAUUAUUAUCAACGUUAACAGUGGAAGAAAAAAAACAAUUUUUUAGAAGAGUUAAAAUUUUGAUUUUAGCAACUGAUAUGGAGAAUCAUUUCACCUAUAAGAAACAAUUUGAUGAUAUCAUUUCAACAUUUAGUUGGGAUAAUUCAGAACAUCGUGAUUUACUAUUAAUUAUGUUUUUAAAAUCUGCUGAUAUUUCAAAUGAAUUAAGAUCUUUUGAUAUUUCAAAUAAAUGGGCAAAUGCAUUAAUGGAAGAAUUUUUUAAUCAAAGUGAUUUAGAGAAAUUAAAUAAUUUACCAUUAACACCAUUUAUGGAACGUGAAAAAGUUGUAUUACAUCUUACUCAAGUUUCGUUUAUUGAAAAGUUUUUAUUACCAUCUUAUCAAUCAUUACAAAAUUUAUUACCUUCCCUUGAAGAUUUUGUUCAAAGAAUUAUUGAAAAUAAAGAAAUUUGGUCAAAUAAUGGUUCCUCUUCCUCAACUACUUCCUCCUCACCAAAUUAA